UGUGUCGCGCAUUCGUCGUAUCUGAUCAGUUUUUGGAAUGCCGUCAGCGAAAAUGCUGCUUCUGCUGCAGGCUAUGCUGUUGCUUUGGGCAGUCAAAACAGUCCCAAGUGUUAGGGCCGAAUUGUGCGAUAACGGAACCGGCGAGUGCAAGGAUUUGACUGCGACUGACUGUCCGUCAGUCUUCUAUAACCUGAACGCCAUUGGGUCCGCCCUCAAGUACUGCGAUGAGUUCAACGACAUCAUUUGCUGUCCCCUGCCCCUGGAUAAGCAAAUCCAGAACCAAAACCUGAAUCCGGUCGAAAGCAGCAGGAGGUUCGAAAAGGAAUGUCGUCGCUUCAAUGAGAUGAGGGCUUCAUGCCGCAGCACUCCAUUAAUUGUGGGCGGCACGAAGGCCGCUGGCCGAGAGUUUCCCUUCAUGGCCCUGCUCGGGCAACGUCAGAGGGGAAGUGCGACUAUCGACUGGCACUGUGGGGGGUCUUUGAUUCAUCCAAAGUUCAUUCUCACCGCCGCCCAUUGCCUGGAGACAAACGAAAAGAAGGAGGAGCGCCUGGAUCCCAAUUUCGAUUCACCGAAAUAUGUUGUGCGGCUGGGAGAACUUGACUACAAGAACGAGACGGACGAUGCCCAGCCUCAGGACUUCCGGGUGGUCAAUUAUGUAGUGCAUCCUUCCUACGAUGAGGAGGAUAACGGUAACCGCAAGAACGACAUUGCCCUCGUAGAGCUGGACAGUGCGGCAGUCUUUAACGAGUAUGUGGCGCCUGCCUGCCUGCCAACCGCCAGCGGCAACGAGCAUCUCCAGCUAACGGCCGCUGGCUGGGGAGCCAUCAAUGAGGGCGGACGAUCCUCCUCGCACCUGCUCAAGGUGACCCUGGAGCGCUUCAGCGUGGAGCAGUGCAGCCAGCGACUGGAGCACCACAUUGAUAUACGCACCCAGCUGUGUGCCGGCUCUCGGACGAGCAAUGCAGACACCUGCUACGGCGACUCUGGCGGGCCCGUCUUUGUGCAGCACUCGUCCUUCGCGUGCCUCAAGCAGGUCAUUGGCAUCACCUCGUAUGGCCUGGUGUGCGGCGAGAAGGGCCUGCCCAGUGUCUACACCAAGGUGCACCUCUACACGGACUGGAUCGAGAGCAUUGUGUGGGGCGAGUAAGACAGACGGCAAACGUAGUUCGUUUCAAAAUCAGUUUUGUUAGCUUUAAUCAAAAAACAUUGCAGUAACAAAAAUGUAUAACAAA